UCUCCGCACAAGGCUCUCGGGUGUGGCAUGUAUUGAUUGGGGCUUACCAAGGCAUGUGACCACCUGCUGGGAUGACGAUGCAUCAAUGUAUGGACGAUCGGAAAUCUCACCCUCUUCCCCUCCUGCUCGCCCCCAGGAGCGGAGCGGGGAUAUGUAGCGGAAAUAUUUAUUAUCCUCGUCUUCCCAAUUGAUUUGGUGUUCGUCAAUUGCAACACAAGCCGCGCAGAAUUCGGUGUUCAAAAUGCCCCGACGUCCUACUAUCUCCCCGGACGACCUGAAGACGCUUUCAUCUCUCGUUGGCGACGACAAGAGCCCAAGCCUUGCCCGGACUAUUCGGCUUGCUGUGUCGACUAUCAAUGACUUGGAAGCUGAUCUGCGCAGUGCCGACCAGGCAUGUGAACAGCUAACGUCUAAAUGGGACGAGCUCUAUAACGACGGGCGGGAACUCAAGAGUAAUAAUGUGGCUCUGCAGAGGGCCAUGGGAAUGUUGGAGGAGAGGCUGAAGAGGCUAGAGACAAGCAAUAAUUGUUUAACAGCCGACCAUGAUGCAAGUGAAAGGCAGCUUGGUGAGCUGCAGGACAAGUACGCCAAGCUGCAGGCAGAGCACAAAGCAUUGGAGGCGAGCAAUGCGCGAAUUCAUCUGCAGCUGGGUAAAGCCAUUAGGCUUCCUAACGCCAGCUGGGACGACUGCCUAGCGCGUACCGCAGAACUUGCAAAUUCCGAGAGGGACCAUGCGCCCUGCAACGAUCAAAUAGUUAGAACACAGGAACAGGCGAACAACAGAAUCUCCGCCGCUAAAGAGCAGCGCGACCAUGCGAAAGCGGAGACUGCUCUCGUUCAAAAGCAAAAGGCGGAUGCAAUGAAGCUGAUCCAGCAGUUUCACAGAGUGUGGUAUGCGUUUGUGGAAGCCUGGAGUGCCUGCCUUCCUCCCAACAGCAAGGUCUGCGGACCAGCCAUAUACCAGGCGUGGGGGCAUCUAUGCCGCGAGUUUUGGGCUCCUGGUAGGUUUGAGCCGAAGAGUCUUUCGGAGAUCAAAAAGACUCUGCUCCAAGGCAACCGUGCUGUCGCAAACACCACGCUAGACUCGGCUUUGAAGGACAUACUGUUCGAGGCCGGCCAACUUCGGAAAGCCAUACUCAGCAGCCAGUUUACAGUCCAUAUCGACCCCGAGGCAACGCAGCUGGAUAAGAAGGAAUUACACCCGCCAUUGCUUGUUGUGUCCACUGAGCACUUUGGGGAUGGAUGGGAAGGACGUGUCGCUUCCCAGAUACCAGCAACCUGGAUGUCGCUUCGUGGGGAAAGGUUCCGCUCAAAGGCUGGGCUGUAGCCCUCUCAAAUAUAGAUCAUGUAAAAAUGUCGUUUCAUCUACCAAGGCUUGUCUGCUAGACUGUGGGUCACGGGUGCCUGUCGCUGAAACAGCA